UCUGCCCGCGAUCUUUCACUCGCGAAUCACGUGAGUCGCGAAAUGCUUUCCUGGAGGUAACUGAAAGAGUGUUUGUUUUUUUGAAGGAGUGGAGAGUUACGAUUUCAUUUUUCUCUUAGAGGGCAAACAUUUCAUGAAAAGCAUUUUAAAAGCUGUGGAUAUAUUGUGAUUAACACCUUCAAAUCAAUACAUGAGAUUUUUUUACGCUUUGAUUGUCACCAUGGUAAAUUAUUCAUAGAACGAGGGAGGAAAGAAAAGAUCACCGUCGCGGCCACCGAGCGACGAACAUCUGUUAGCCUUACAGAUAGAUCCACAAAUGCCGGACAGCGAAAUAACAAGAAUUACAGGGACUACUGCGAACGGAUUCCUUUCCAAGAAUCUCCAGCCAAAAUAUAAGUAUAUUGAAGACCCUGCCGAUGUCGUAUCACUAACUUACAAAAAUCAGUACAGUCAGUUUAACGUGAAAUAUCACGAGCUAAAGGUGGUCGCCUCCCCGAUCUUCGGCCGUUUCAGCGGCGAACGAGUCGUUUUUGAAUAUGAUUGGAACACAGUCAAGGUAUCGACCGAAAAUAACUCGGCUUACGUCAUGUUUUUGCGAGCAGGGACUUCCCCAGAAAGUGUUCAACGAUUCUGUCUCAAUUUUCUUUACUCGAGCGACGCCGAUCGAAUUUUGAGAGAACAUAGAAUAAACGACGAUGAGCUCAACAUUAAAUCAAAGAUGGAAAGUGUGCCCGCAUCUCUGACGGUGCAGUGUCUUAGAUCAGUUGUUAUCAACAUGGAACGCAUGUCCAAGAAGGAACUUCUGUAUCUACCCAGUCCUUAUCGAGAGCUUUUCGUUCCAGACUCUUUCAUUCCGGUCAAGUUUAACCUUUGGCCCCGACAUGUACUUGAGAAUGGAGAGAGUAUAAUUCUAAUGCUGAAAAGAGAAAUGAUAAUCAGCGAAAUGCUACUGUUAUUAAAGCAUAAAUUAGAGCUCAAAAGCGAUGUAGAAAUGAGCUUGUUCAGAGGGAGCCUUCCGGUAGAAGAAGAUGAUGUUAUCAUGGACGGAAAUGUCGACUACGAUUGCGUCGUUUCACCUUGUCGUGGCCCGACAGCCAUUGCCAGUGAAGUACAGCUUGAAAAGCAUCACGUGAACGUACGGAAAAGUCCCACUAAGGAGGUUAUUAUUGCGUCGCUGGUUGGAAAAGAAAUGAAAGAACUGCACGUAAACCUCUCCCUUCCCCUCAAAUACCUAGACAUUCAAUUGCGCCAGAUUUUUCGACUCAAACCAUGGAGUUUUUUGGUACUGUAUCUUCCAAGCGAGGACCGCAACAUAUUUCACGCCGGAAAAAUGAUUUACUCAAGUUACGAAGAGGAAUUUGCCAAGUUUCUUGUUUCCAACGGGAGGAGAAAUUUCCCAAGACCAGACCGAGGUAUGGAUACAUUAGGAGUCAAAGAUAUGUACAAGGAAUGCUCAGCUUUCAAGAAAUCACUUCGUAACCAUGGAUUUCGCCCUGGAAUGUUAGUAGAGGUUUUCGAGAUCACUGGCCCGAGUGUCCCGGUCAUGUACUCUGGUGCAGUCACCAAGGCCCAAGUCCUUGACGUGAAUCCUGAGUGGUCGAUUCAGACAUUUAGGUAUUACGUUGAAGUGAGCACUCCAGAAGCAUCGAAGAUUGAAUCUAUCGACUACGUGAGAGACUGCAAAAACGGCAAAGUGUCGGAUAUUUUAAACAUGAUGAAGAAUCUGUGGAAUCGGCCCGAUCGAGGAGGUCGGCUUGAGUACGUCAAGCUACGCAGCUGAAAAAUUAUUAUUAAGAUUAAAUCUGGAAUGAUGGUCGAAACAAGUUCGAGCUUAACGCAAGUUGACGGCGAAUACGGGGAACUCAUAGUACCAAUUCGCACUUCGUGGUUCAUCCGAUUUUGAAAUGACCUGACAGAAUUGCUACUUUCCUUUCAUUGAAAAAUUGUAUGGUCAUGCGAUUUUUCCAACCUGAAUUAAGGCCCUUUUUUAGGGGUUUAUGAUCGUUUCGAUACAAAGUAGUUUCGAUACGAGUCGAUUCCAUACAAACCGAAGUCGAUUCGACACAUCGACAUCGUGGAUUCGAUACAUCUCAAAUUCCCUCUAUUGGACUAUCGGACUGGUAGACAGUUGAAACGUCCAAAUUUCUCCCUCGCUAGUUUGAAUCGAAACGAAGUUGUAUCGGAACAACUUUCAACGGGUAUCGAAUCGACUUUUUCAAUGAAUCGAAUCGACUCAGUUUUUAUCGAAUCAACUUGUAUUGAAACGAGUUUGUAUCGAAACGACCGGACUCCGUUAUGCUUGGG